AAUUGCAGUAUGUAAAAACAAGAACUAUCGAUAACGAUAACAUGUUUGCACUUGUCGCCGGUGACCCGAAGGAAUGUUGACAAGAAUUUUUAAAAACUUGCCCCUACUGAGAAUCCAACUGAACCCAAAAUUCGUUGUUUGUGCGGCGUACUCUAGAUCUGGUCAUCUUAAGCCGUCCGUAGACAUGGAAAAAGUGUACUUACGCAACUUGAAGGAUUCUGAAGAUCUGCACAUAACAUUCCGCUUUGUCAACGAAGAAUUGCACGUGGAUCGUCAGUUUAAUUUUUGUCGGCGGAUCAACGAACGAAUUGACAUAGCUCUCACCCGUAUACGGAGUAAUAUAGAAAAGGAGCUUCAAAAGCGCUUUAAAAAGAAGAAAAAUGCAGAAGCUCAAACGGAAAAAAGAGUUGAACAAGAGAUUAAUAUUGAGCUCUAUCGUGAUGGUUGCGAAGACAGCGUGACCGAUAUCACUUUUGCGGAGUUACUGCACGAGAAUCCUGUUGGCAUUAGGCUGCGGGUGAUGCAUAAAAACUUUGAUAUACUCUACAACCAGCCUUGGAUAACAACGCUGCAAGUGCCAAGUUGUGUGUUGGCCGAUCACUUGGUUUAUCCGACAAAAUUGGAUUUGCAUUUCUGUUCUCGGGAGCACAGUAAGGGUCUAUGGUAUAAAGCAAUAAUGCCGGCAUCAGGAGCCUUGCCAACCGAGUCCAUGUGGGAGUUAUGCGGCGAGGGCUUGAUAUAUCGAACGACGCAACAAGAUGUUGGCCACAAUUUAAAAUUAAUUGUGACCCCAAUGAAUGAAGAGGGUUUGUCGGGACCCCCAGUGGAGCAGAUCACCAAAUGCCCUGUUCAGCCUGGACCAGGUACCUGUCCGUAUGAAUUGCGACAGGUGGUGACACCGAAACCUUUGGAGGAUCCAACGGAGAUUCGUGUAGUUACAUACAAUCUUCUGGCUGAUUUGUAUGCUGAUAGUGACCAUUCCCGCACAGUACUCUUUCCCUAUUGCCCACCUAAGCUGCUUCAGAUUGACUACCGUAAGCAGAUCUUCAUCAAAGAACUCCUCGGAUAUAAUGCAGAUCUGCUCUGUCUGCAGGAAGUGGAUCAAAAGAUAUUUGAAUAUGAUCUAAAGACGGUGCUGGGACAAUCGCCCCACAAAUUUCAAGGAUUUAUGGCGCUUAAAGGCGAUUGCGCUGAAGGUGUUGCCAUAUUCUUUCGGGAGUCGCGUUUCGAGCUGCUAGCUACGCAUGUGGUAAAUCUAGGCAAAAACAUAUCAACUCUGCCCAUUUUUAAGGACCUGUGGGAUAAAAUCAAGACAAACGAAAAACUGGCAAAACGCAUUUGUGAGCGAAACACAACAUUAGAGUUGUGCUUGCUAAAGGUAAAGAACACGGACUUCUACGUUUUAGUGGCCAACACGCACUUAUAUUUCCAUCCAGAUGCUGAUCAUAUACGACUGCUGCAAAUUGGAUUCUCGAUUAUUUAUGUCGAACACAUUUACAAACAAUAUCUGAAGGACUAUAAUAUUAGUUGCCCCAACAAGCUGGGCCUGUUAUAUUGUGGUGAUUUUAAUAGUGUGCCUGAAUGUGGAAUCUAUAAGCUAAUGACGGAACAGUUUGUGGACAAACAUUUCAUAGACUGGUCCAGCAAUGCUGAGGAAGCUGUUGUCGACGUUGAGCUCUCACAACCCUUCCAAAUGAUCUCAGCCUGCGGUACGCCGGAGACGACAAACUACACAACUUUAUUUUCUGGAUGCCUGGAUUACAUAUUCUAUAAUGGGAACAGUUUUGAUCUGCUUCAAUCAGUACCACUGCCAACGCAUGAGCAAAUAGUAGCCAACGAGGCUAUACCCUCUGUAUGCUUUCCAUCGGAUCAUGUUGCCUUGGCAGCCGAUUUAAAAUUUAAAUCAAAUAGCUUAUGAUUGUUUUCACAAAAUACUUGCAUGUAAAUAUGUAUUUAGUCCAUAUGAGUGUUUGUUGAUUCGAAACGAGUAUUUAUUAUUCCCAAGCAACAAAUUAAAAGAAUUCAACUAAA